AUGAAGGGCAUCAGCACGAAAGUCUACUUUGACAAGUAUAACCCGAAUUCGGAGAAGGGGGACGAUGUCAGGCGCUCUCUGGCCGGCCUCGACUACUCCCCCCUUCCUCGGGUGACUGGCCGCUCGUUGGCAAUGGGCUGUUUGGUCUCCAUGGGUGGGUUGAUCUUUGGCUACGAUACUGGCCAGAUUUCGGGCUUUUUGGAAAUGCCAGACUUCCAAAAGCGCUUUGCACAAUCGCAAGGAGACGGAAAAUACAAGUUUAGCAAUGUCAGGUCCGGACUCAUAGUCGCAAUGCUAUCCAUUGGAACCCUUCUCGGGGCUUUACUGGCGGCGCCUCUAGCAGACAGGAUUGGUCGUCGAUUCUCAGUCAGCUUCUGGUCUGUCAUUGUCUCGGUCGGCUUUGUCGUCCAGAUUGCAUCUGAGACUUCGUGGGUUCAAGUCAUGAUCGGUCGGUUUGUAGCCGGCUUUGGAGUUGGGGCCCUGUCAGUUUUGGUCCCUAUGUUCCAAGCCGAGACUGCACCGCCGUGGAUCCGUGGCGCCCUUGUGUGCACUUACCAGCUGUUCAUCACACUCGGCAUCUUCCUAGCCGCAUGUUUCAACUACGGCACUUAUAAAGGCCAGCAAAACAAUUCGGCAUCCUGGAGAGUUGUAAUCGGCCUCGGCUGGCUUUGGACACUUAUUCUGGGACUGGGCGUGCUUUUAUUUGACGAAACUCCACGCUAUGCCUUCCGUAAAGGCAGGACUGAAGAGGCCAAACAAACUCUUAUGAAGGUCUACGGUGCACCUGCCAACCAUUACGCCAUAUACACGCAAAUAGAGGAGAUUGAGAGCAAAUUCCGCGCCGAAGAUCAAACAAAAGGAAGUCCCAUCCAUGAAUUUGCAGUUAUGCUUAGGGCACCGAGAAUGGGGUAUCGAAUUGCACUUGGCGUGAUGCUACAGGCCUUCCAACAACUCACCGGCGCCAACUUCUUCUUUUACUACGGCACCACGAUUUUCCAGUCCGUCCAGAUCAGUUCUUUCGUCACCCAAAUGAUCCUCAACGGCGUCAACUUUGGAGUUACCUUCAUUGGUCUCUACCUUGUUGAGCACUAUGGGCGGAGAAAGUCGUUGAUCGCCGGGAGUUUGUGGAUGUUUGUCUGUUUCAUGAUUUUUGCAUCCGUCGGCCACUUCUCGUUGGACAACCAGGAUCCAUCCAAGACUCCCAAGGCCGGUGUCGCCAUGAUCGUAUUUGCGUGUCUGUUUAUCCUGGGCUUUGCUACGACAUGGGGCCCUAUGGUUUGGACUUUGAUUGCUGAACUUUACCCGUCACGGUACAGGGCCAAGGCGAUGGCCAUUGCCACCGCCAGCAACUGGACCUGGAAUUUCCUCAUUGCUUUCUUCACUCCUUUCAUCGUCAGCGCGAUCGAUUUCCGCUACGGCUACGUGUUUGCUGCGUGCAAUUUGGCUGCAGGGCUACUUGUGUAUUUCUUCGUCAUUGAAGGCCAAGGCCGGACGCUGGAGGAGAUCGACACAAUGUACAUUGAACAUGUGUCUCCCAUGAAGUCUUCCAAGUGGGUAGCGCCUCCUGCGGAGGAGAUGGCUCGGAUCAGACGCCAGGCUGGCACGGAGGCUGUUGCACCAGACGACGUGGAGGGCAGAGGAAUUUACAGCGGAGAGACGGAACGAGGGCUCGAGGGUGACCGAGAAGGGGAGAAGGCUAGGGAUAAUCACGCUGAAAGGGUGAAGGUGUAA